CUCAGACUUUUCUCUUCGAAGCAACAUCAGGUGCAAAUCUAACUCAUAUUUUGGUCGAGGAGGAAACAGCUGAAUGAUGAGUGCUGCUCAGAGUCAAACAACACUGGAGUCCAAACUGGAGGCCCUGCAGUGCCACUUCACCUGGGAUCUGGACCCCAGCAAGGCCAUGCUGUUACGUCGAAAGGAAAAGUUCGAAGACAUCGGCACCGAGGAGGGGAACAGCUGGCUGGGUCACAUUUACAACCUGCGGGGGUUCGUUCAGUACAAGCUGGGGUUCACCGAAGACGCCCAGAGUUUCUUCAACAAGGCUGCAGAGGCCUUCAGCAAGAUAAGAAACGCAGAUGAGGGUCCCUGGUUGGUGGUGAACUACGGGAACCUGGCGUGGCUGCACCACCACCUGGGAGACCAAGCAGGGAGUCAGGCUUACCUGUCAAAGGUCAACACCCUGAUGAAUAAAUACCCAUCUCCAUCCCAGGAUGAGCUCCAUCCAGAGAUCUACGCUGAGAAAGCCUGGACCCUGAUGAAGUUCAGCGGAGAACAAAAGAAACGGGCUGCAGAUUACUUCCAGAGAGCCAUCAGGAUGCAGCCGGACAUGGUGGAGUGGAACACCAGCUACGUUUUAGGGUUAGUGGGGUCUCUCAGGAAAAACAAAAAGGUGAAGGCUGACCUUCUGGAGAAAAUGAGAAUCGCCAAGGAACAGGAUCCAGAGAACUUGUACCUCGCUGUUCACUACCUUCAUCAAUGUGCUCAGAAAGGAGAGAGAAUCGAAGAAGAAGCACAUGAGUUAGCCAGAAAGGUUUUGAAGAAUCCUGUGAGCAGCUACAGUGGUAUUAAACCAUUACUGAAGGUUUACAAAUACUAUCUAUCUAUUGAUGAGGCCAUUGAUUUGGCAGAGGAGGCUCUGGAAACCCAUCCAGAUGAGCGUUAUCUGAAGAGAUGUGCUGCUCUCUGCUACAAUGAUUCGAAAAUCAUUAACGUCAGGGACAGUCACCCAAAACCAAGUAUGAUAGACAGAGCAAUCAGUCUCCAUGAAGAGGUGAUUGCUCUCUACCCUCAUUCUUUCCUUAUGAAGAAAAUAGACCUUGCAACUAUAUAUGCAAAGUCAAAUUACAGCCAGGUUGAAGCUGAGCAGAUAUAUCAGGAACUGCUAGAAAUGGAUCUGGAACCUGCAGACAAACAGAUGCUCUACCACAACUAUGCAAAACAUUUAUACCUCCAUUGUAGGGAUUACCAAAGGUCAAUACAAUAUCACAUGAAGGCGGCAGCGAUACCGCAGCAAUCCUUCUAUCGAUUGACGAGCAUCAACACUCUGAAGAAGAUUAGAGACAGAGGCAGGAGCCACAUGUGUAGAGAAAUAGAGGAGUUUCUGGCAAACCUGCAAGAGCCAUUAUAGUGUUUUUAAAAGCACUGGUUCUUAAUCCAGAAAUUGAUUACACAUCAGGAAAACCUGUUUCCUUCUGCUGGUCGGCUGGUCCAGAAGCAGCAACAUCUUAUUCAGAACACGUACGAUCAAAUGGUUGUUUUUGGUUUGUCACGGUUAUCGCAAAGAAAAAGAUCGUAGCCUAUAUUUUGAGCUGUAUCCUUUAAAGACUCUUUUUUCACUUUAUGGAAGACAAAGGCUGUUAAAUAAUACAAACCCUUACAUUUAUUCUGGAAAAC